UUACUAAUCCAAAAGUGUCAAUUUUGCGGGAACUUUGACAGUUGUCAACAAACAUCGUUGUGAAAUUGAAAUAACUCCAAAAAAUAUGUGUUCUUGAGCUAAAAUACAAAUUAAGUGAGUAAGGUAUACCUUUUUUAUUGAUUACUAAUAGCUUAAAUGUUUCAUUCCAACUGCCUACAUUGAUAUUUCACAAGGAGCUUCGGGCGUCCUCGACAUCUUGUGAUGUUGGUCGGAACAUGGCGCACCCAGCGGACAUGUGCGGUUGAGGGAUUCUUUGUGCCGAGCUCGGGUCUAUUUUGAGAGUGAAAACCAUUGAAAUAAACUGCUUCUGAACGUUAUUGUGGUUGUGAAAUAGUUUUCUAACGUUGCGUAACAGUAAUCGUGUGAGUUUGAUGUAAGAUUGUGAAGGUAAAAGUUGUCUGCCAAACUGCCACUGCCAUGGUGAAAACCCGCCGCAGUAACGGCGAGAACGGCGAGGUCGAGGAGGGGAACUACGCCCCGCACGACGCCAGCAGCGUGUCUGAUGAAAAGGCAUCAAAUUGGUCCCAGAGGGAACUCCGCAGUAGCCAGUACAAAGUUACCAGGAAGAUACAACACUGGCCAGCUAAAUAUAGCCGUAGGCGCAGGACCAUCAAGAUGAACAGAAUAGUAUUUCCGGAGAGUGACACAGAGCCGGAGAAAUAUUCUCGGAGAUCUCAGAAGGUGCGAGUGUUCUUUGCUGGAGAGCCAGAGUCCACAAACCGCAGCAUGAGCAUCCGCCGCAGCCGCGGGCCCCGCAAGAACUACCUGGAGGAGAGCGAGGACAAGCCCAUACAACAGAACGUGCGCCGCAGCGGGCGCCAGCGCAAGCUGCUGCACCACAACUUCAACGAGAGCUGGAUCACCAACGAGCUGAAGGUGCGCGGCUACCCGGGGCUCUACGGCGUGCCCGGCUUCAGCUCCUCCGAUGAAUUCACUUCAGGGGACGAGCGCAGGAUCAAUAGGAAGGGCUUGCCGGAAGCCCGCACCCGGCCGCCGCCCAUCACAGAUGAAGAUACGCAGUCCGCGCGGCAGCGGCGCACCUCCGCGCGCUUCAACAACUCCACCAAGAAGCUCAAUGUGGCAACUGAAACCGACUCGGAAAACGAGAACAACGAAACCGUGAUUGAGAAGAAACCAGCAGCUGCCAAGGAUAAGCAGGAGAAACACAAGGCUGAUGAUGAGGAAGAGCAGAUGGACGCCGAGGAAACCAUUGUGGCCGAGACGAAGGAAGAAGCGGAUGAUACGCAGCAACCUGAGCAGGAUAGCGAAAGCAACCAAGGCCCAGCAAGGUCCACAAGGGGCAGAAACAGGCGCGCGAGACCAAAGAAAGAAGACUUCAGACAACAUGACACUGCAUCAGAGAGCGAGUCAUCAGAGUCAGACAGCGAAGCUCUGGCGGGGGGACCACCGCGCCGGUCCAAGCGGCAACGCAAGCAACCCGCCUUCGUGGAGAUCGCACCACGACCGACUAGGAAUAGAGCCAAAACAUUUACAAUACGUAAAAAGCCGUACAGUUUACGAGAGAGGAAGCCUAAAAUGCUGCGCAGGAAGACUAUCAGAUCUCAAUCUCCAUCAAGCAGUAGCAGUAGCAGCACAACAUCCGACACUGAGGAAGAUCUCAACGUGUCUAUGAAAAACAAGACCAAAGGAAGGCAAAAGUCGAAGUCGACGGAUGACAAAAAAACCGACCGUGCGCUGCGCGAAAUACAGCCCGUGCAGGUUGACGGCAGCGUGAGAUUCACUUCCGUGGGAGGCCUAGAGGACCACAUCAAGUGCCUGCGCGAAAUGGUGCUCUUUCCUCUCAUGUACCCAGACCUCUUCCACAAGUUCAAGACCCGUCCGGCCAAGGGCGUCCUAUUCCACGGCCCACCGGGAACCGGCAAGACCCUGCUAGCCAGAGCCUUAGCCAAUGAGUGCUGUAUUGUUGGCGGGCGGAAAGUGGCGUUUUUCAUGCGGAAGGGCGCGGAUUGUUUGAAGAAAUGGGUCGGUGAGAGCGAAAGGCAUCUCAAGCUGCUGUUUCAACAGGCGAACAAAAUGAAGCCGUCCAUAAUAUUCUUCGACGAGAUCGACGCGCUGGCGCCCGUGCGCAGCGUGAGGCAGGAGCAGGUGCACACCAGCGUCGUGGGCACGCUGCUGGCCGAGAUGGACGGCCUCUGCGACAGAGGCGAAGUGAUCAUAAUAGGUGCGACGAACCGCCUAGACGCAGUGGACCCGGCCUUACGGCGCGCCGGCCGCUUCGACCGAGAACUGUACUUCCCGCCACCGCAUACGACCGCUAGGCGUGAUAUACUGGAUAUAUAUACGAAGCAUUGGGAGCCAGCUCCCAGUGAUAGCACGCUUGAAGCCAUAGCUAAUCUGACUAAUGGAUAUGGAGGUUCGGACCUAAAAGCCCUAUGUUCGGAAGCAGUUCUAAAGGCACUGAGAAGAACAUAUCCACAAGUAUACGAAAGUGAACAGGCGUUAUUGAUUGAUGCUAAGAAUGUAGAAGUAACAAAGCGCGACAUGCUAGAAGCGAUGCAAUCCCUAGUGGCAGCGGGGGCGCGCGCCGCCCCGCCCCCCGCCAGCGCGCUGCCCGCCCCCUGCGCCGCGCUGCUGCAGCCGCAACUGGACGCUUGCAGCGCGCUGCUGAAGACCAAUUUUGCCAUAGCCAAGGCAGGCGACACUCCGCUGUCCAACAGCACUCUCCUCAUCACGGGCGAGUGCGCAGACUCACACCUCGCGCCCGCACUCCUGGCAACACUGGAACAUUGUACCGUGAAGGAGCUCAGUGUUGCCACCGUGCAUUCUGCGCUGUCGUUUACACCGGAGCAGGCGGUUAUAUCUGUGUUCUCCGAAUGCCGUCGCACAGACAACUGUGUCCUCUACAUCCGCGACUUGGCUCGCGUGUGCAGCGGGCUGGCCGGCGGCGCGUCGCUAUUGGCGCAGCUGUGGCGAGCCGCCGCGCCGCAAGUGCCGCUAUUGGCUACUGACGCGAGGGAGUGGGCGGAGCUACCGUCGGAGCUUCAAGAACUGUUCCCUCUCCACAAAGACUGCAUAUACAACGUUCGCGAGCCGACAGCACCUGAGGUGAUGGGCUUCCUCAAGCCGAUCAUCACGGAGUGGCCUCUAGAUCCGCCGGUUAGAGAGAACAAGGAGCCACCGCCUCCACUGCCACUGGCGCCGCCACCGCCGCCGCCGCGCGAGUCCGCGGAAGAGAUCGCCCGGCGCAAGCGCAAAGAGGACUACAAGCUGCGCGAGCUGCGCAUCUUCCUGCGCGACAUCUGCCGCAAGCUCGCCUCCAACAGACGGUUUUACAAGUUCACCAAGCCCGUGGAUUUGGAGGAGGUGACAGACUACCUAGACAUCGUGAAGCAGCCGAUGGACCUGGAGACGAUGAUGACGAAGGUGGACAUGCACAAGUACAACUGCGCCAGAGAGUUCCUCGACGACGUCGACCUCAUCUGUGCUAAUGCACUCGAGUACAACCCGGACAGAACGUCAUCAGACAAGCAGAUCCGUCACGAGGCGUGCUCCCUCCGCGACCACGCGCACGCGCUCAUAGACGUGGAGAUGGACAGCGACUUCGAGUUAGAGUGCCAGGACAUAGCGAGGAAGAGACAGGACGAGGGCAUGAAGAGUGACACCGAUGUGCCCGACUUCAUUUAUACCGCUUCUAAUUUACCCGAGUCGUUCAGAAGCAUGAACGAGUCCAAAGAGCCAGAUACUCCUAUGAACGGGGAGAAGAGCGAGGGCUCGGCCAAGCGCAAGCGGCGGCGCAUCAACGCGUGGUCGCGCGGUUAUGUGGCCAAGCGGCAGCGGACUUCUAAGAGCUUCACAAGCAAAGACACGAGCAUGCCCAUAACCGACGAGGAGUCUAAAGAAAACAAACCCAUAACCUCAACACCCCUACCCAACGGCUCGGGCGCGUCGGCGUCGUCGUGCAGCGCGUCGGACGAGGACGCGCCGCUGCGCCGCGCCGCGCCCGUGCUCACGCCCGCAAGGGACGAACACACGGACAAGGCGGCCAGUCCGACCAAGUCGUCGGCGGCGGAGAGGCCCACAGCGAAGACAUCACCAAAGAAAAGGAAUUCCGGACAAGAAACAACGAGCGGGGGAGACACAGAAAAAGUACUGAUAAACAAGACUGAGUUAGACAACUUACUUUAUAAGAACGUGAAGAGUCUUCGGUCCAUAGGCAUAAAGGCGCUAUUGGACCUUCACUCGCAACUGAGCAUCGUCUUGAACAAAUACGCACAAACGUACGACCGAACAAAACUGCCUCAGGAAUACCAAGCUAUCAUUGCCAGGUACGUCCAACAGCUGACCAAGAAAUGAAACAGGUUUUUACACUAAAUUGGUGGUUGAAACAAAAUGUGCUGAAAGCCAUUGUAAUUCGGUAAAUUUUCGGGUAUUCGGCUCACGUAUUUCAAAUACUCUUUUGAUAGAUGUUGGUUGAAUGUUUCGUGUUAGAUGUUGUGAAAUGUGUGGAUGGGUGUUGUUUUGCGUUGUAUCUCAUUCCAUUGAAUGUUUUCAAGUAUUAUUGAGAUGCUGGUUCAGCGUGAAAACGUCGUUCUAUAAGGUUCAACUGAUUCUAUUCACUGCCGUUUCAUGACUAUACGUAGAUAGUUAUCCAAUUUUAUUAUUGAUCUACAUCUCUGGUGGAGAAAUUAAUAGAGAAAGCUUGAUGAAAACAUCGAAUAAAGUGAAAAGAUAUGUGUGUUUUAUGAAAGCGGUAUUGUAUGUUAUUUUAAAGGAUAAAACGGAUUUAUCACAGAAAGCAAUUUUCAUUUAGUAAGUUUUAUAAUUCCACCUUCUGUAAUGCUCUGACUGUAUAUCAUAAAAAAAUAUAUGUGUUUAUUGGGGCAGACCGAAGUACUGGAUUUACUUUUUCAUUUAGAAUUUAACCGCGCCUAAUGGAAUAUUAACCUAUAUGUCUGCUCAGUAAUAUGAAUAACUAAAUUGUCUCGAAUAGAUGUAUAGUGUAGAUCCGAAUUUCAACCAUAGAUUCAUAGACAUACUAGGAAUGAUUUCAAUUAAUAAUAAACUAUUUAAUAAUUUGACUGAACCAACCAACUGAACUAUUGUUUAAAUUCAGCCAUUUAAUAAACACAUUUGAUAUAUGUAAGUGGCUGCGUUCUCAGUAGGCUAACUGCUCACUCGUUACGAGGCGCGUCAUUCAAUAUACUAAAACAUCGCAUACUAAAAUGAUACACCGCUAACUCAAUCGCCGGCGAACAGUUUACCUACUGGGAAGUCCGCCCAAAAGUACAUCAAAUUCACGCCGCUAUCAAAUGUAGCCUAUUAUAUCGACUCUGCUGUAGUCAAUCAUUCUGUAUCCGCAUCAAAAUAGCUCUUUUAGAAUAGGGAAAGGUUGUGACAGGUAGGGUCUGCCCAAAAGGGUCUGUGAUACCAUAACGGAGGGAUAGUAAAAGAAAACUGUAUAUUUAUUGAACAUUUAAUGUUGCUGAAGAGUUAGUCAGUUUAUAAUGCCUAUGAAACAUAUUUAUUCUCAUGUACGAUAAACCUUAUUACGGACCUAAGAAUUACCUAUAUAGCAUUAUUACGUAGAUGUUUAAAGUGAGUUAUGUAUUGUAAGUUGUACCUGUAAGGCUGCCGCACAUCUGACAAUUUACAUAAGUUCUUUAAAUUUCUGUAUAUCAGGCACAGUGAGCACCCACUGCUAUUCGAUUUUUUCAUAUUACCUAUGAGUGUCAUAUAAUUAUGUCUGUCGAGUGGGAGUGGAUACAUUAAAUAUGUCAACCACUUUAGUGUGAAAUACUGUGAUUGAGUGAUUUUAGGUUCAGGAAUAUUUAAGUAAUUUUAUUCAAAAACUAAAAACUGAGUAAAUGAUCUAAAUGUUACCUACUAACGCUUUGUGUUAUCAAUAUUAUGUAUGUAUUAUGCUAUUUAUCAAUCUAGUAUUAAUAAAUAUAGUAAUACUACCACGUUUGUCCGGCGUGUAAUUGUGGGAUGUGCUUCAGCAUGGCUGGAGCGCGCACAAACAAUUCGACACUUAUCGAUCCGAAGUUCGAUUCGAUAGCUUGUAUGAAAAACGAUUCCAGCCCUAGCGUUCAGUAACGAGACUUAUUCACACGUACCACAACCACACCACACCACAGCCACAACCACACCACAACGAUGGCGUGUGGUCGGGCGUAUAUUUUGUAUUGAAAAUGAAUAAUCCAAUUCACACGUGCCACAUUUUGCCGUUGUUAUCGACCACCUGUGUAAUACGACCACAUCGCAACAACAUCGCGACGGCACCGCGGCCACCUCCUCUCCCUAUUAACUGCAUACGACCACGUGGUUACCACAUCGCAACGACAGCGACAACGCAACCACAUCGACGUUUUGUCGCUACCACAACGCAACUGCAAAAAGCCGCUGCUACACUAUUCACAUUGAACCACAGCUUUACCACAUUAUCUGCCAGUUUCUAUAACUCUAUCUACCGAUGACUGGUAGUUGCUUUCAUGCUAUUUUGACAUAUUAAAAGUUAGAACCUGUCAAAAUCGUACGAAAGUAACUACCAGUCAUCGGUAGAUAAAGUUAUAGAAACUGCCAGUUAGUCGCUGCGACGUGGUGUAGUUGUGGUACGUGUGAAUUGACACUAAAGAACUCAUUAGAGAAAGACAGUACGUUAAAUUCGAAUCGGAUGUCGAAAUUGUUUGGGCUCGCUACCAAGUUGUAAAAGUCGGUUAAGAAACAUAAAACUUAACUCUAACUAUGUGUGUUGUUAAGUUUUAAGAUUCAUGGAUUGGAUGUAAUGUGUUGUUAAGGUAUUUAUGUAUGUAUUCGACAAUUAUUGUAAAGGAAUGAACUAUUUUAUAUUGAGGAACUUAAGUAUGUAUUUGAAGUACACAUGCGUUGAAGUUAGCACAUUAUAUGUUGUAAAAAAUACGUCCCUUCUUAAAGUUAGGUAACUAAGAGAUACCUGUAAUGUUAAUUCCGUUACAUUAUUUUAUAAUUUGAAUAAUGAUUACCUAUCCAAAGUGAUGAUUAACUGACAGUGCUAGAUAUCUUAUGAUUCAUUUGUCUUUUACGCGAAAUUAUUUUACUACUACAACCCUGGUAUGGUCACUCAACUGUGUGUGGGCAAGUAUGAGGCAAAAUCUCAUUCCUAAUCCGACAGCGAUAUAUAAUACUUUAGGCUCGAUUAUAACUGUAGCUACUUUUAUCAUCAUCGUUACCAAAAACCACUAUGUCCAGUGAACAUUGUCCACUUCAGAUAAUGUAGACCUCAACAAUACUACCCUAUACAUUGCUUGAGGUCCUAGUUACGAAAUUUAUUCAUAAAUUAUAUUUCCAGCAACAAUUUGGCCAUGUGAUUGCCAUUACUUGCUGCUGUAUCUCAUAAAAUAAACUAAUUAAAAUUUUAACUGCCCGACAUUUUGUCAUAAUAUAAUAUACUGACGUAGUGGACGUGCAGGCAUAAAAACAAAUAUACAUCACAAAUGUGUAUAGACAUAGAUUUAGUGGCUGUAAAGUUUAGCUGUUCCCAGCAAUUCAAACUGAAUUACUGUGUUUCUACGGCCUAGUAAUUUUGUGCAAAGUUAAUACCUCAGCGAACUAUACUUGAUACCAUUAUGGUAUUAAUUACAUGGCUACCAUGGAAGGGCUUUAUUAUUGGUGUAUGUUGUGUUACUUCAUUAGAUCUUUAUCUAUUUUCAUGAGUCGCAACAGGACACAUAUACUUACAGGGAUAUUUAGACAUUAAAAUAAAACAUAUUAUUUAAAUUGUGUUUAGGAUGUAUAUUUGUUUUUGUGCCUGUCGUUUAAAACUUCUGAACUCUAAAUAAGUAUACUAAUGAUCAGACUUUACUAUGAUUAAGUAACUAAUAGAAUAUAAAGUUUAGUAUGUUGGAGAUCGUAUUUUCUAAAUUGUAUUCAUAGAACAAACUCGCAAGUUUUUGAAUAGCUUAGAAAGCACGAAUAAUUUGACACUUUGUCGAUACGAAAGUAAUUUUAAACGUUUUAUGAAACAGCGCUUGUUCUCCCCUAGCUUCACCGAGACUAAAGCAUACACAUAGAGGGCUGCCGGUUUUUCAAAUCGUUAUCUAAGGUUUUCCGACAUUGUUCAAAGAUUUGAAGACAUCGUCAAUUUGUUCGUGCUCAAUAUUCAUUUACUAUAAUUCUACUAAUAAUAACAUCUACCUAAGCAAAAUGUUAAGGUUGAACUAAAGACACGUGCUAGCGAGUCGAGUCCGACUCUUUAUUUCUUUUAUGUAUCAUAUUCAAUAUGAUAUAUGUUACCCAUAAAUGAUUUAUAGCUAACUAUCUAAUUAUCAUUAAUGUAAGAUUCAUAAGGGUUAGAAAUUCGAUAUGUUCUUUCAUCGUAACAUUGUUUUUUGACUGAUUCCAUUUGUUUAUUUAUUUUUGAUCAAUUUAGCGGUUAUAUAUUUCUGAUUAAGGUACUUAAAUAACGUUAUUUUUAUGUUUAGAAAAUUUUCGUACGUCGCGUUUUAGUUGAAAAAACUACUAAAAUUGUAUAAAUGAUAAUUUAUUACUUAGGCUAAUAUUUACUCGAUUUAUAAAGGAUUAUUUGCAUGUUCAAACUAUAUUAGAUGCGUGAGAUCGUUUUCGCAAUACACCUAAGUUUAUUUUAUAGAGUUUUGAAACUGGUCCUGAUACAAAACAGUGUGAUAUUGAUUAAUUAGACUCAACAAAUGUUUAUAUGAAAAAAUAGUUACCUCAUUCCAAGAAAGGAAAUAACUGUAAAUAUUGUACUAUUUCAGAAUUCGUUAUAAUAUUGAAUGCCCAAAUAAAUCUGCUUGCAUUUGCUCAAAGCUAAAAUAUAUCAAGUAAUGGAUUUAGCAACUAAAGCAUUAUUUAUAAUUUCCACCGUUUAAUUAGUAGAGUAUGUUUUUUGUAUUUAAAAUAUAAUGUUGUAUUUAUAGAAAUAACGAAUUAAAAAAUAAAAGGGUAACGAUUUCUUGUGAUACCAAA